AAAGCCGGGAGGACACGGAGAAGGAGAGUGCCGUAAAGCGGGAUGUUUUGGACAGGGAGGUCAUUGGAAAGUGAGGCUGAUCUUCCCCCAGAGCGCCGCGGUGUCCGAGUCUCUCACAGCCGAGAAGCCUCUCUUCUUCCCGGGACAGUUCUCCUGAAGUGACCCGACUUAGAAAUGUUGCGUUUAGCGCUAAGAUUGAGGCCAGCAGCCAGAGUUAGCCGCCCGGGUGUCCUCUCAGGCCCUGCCCCUGGCGCCCGGUCCGGACCGGUACCGUGCCAUAGGAGCAGCGCGUGCAGAGUUCGGGCUCUGAGUUCCGGUAGAAAUGUUUAUUGCAGUCUUCUGAGUUGCAGGACGCGGGCCUCACUGACCCAACAGCUCGCCUUCAGUCAGAGCAAAAGAGCCUGCAGUCUGCCGCCGCACCAGAAGGUGGAGCUCCCAGCUCUAUCUCCCACCAUGCAGUUGGGCACCAUCGCUCGCUGGGAGAAGAAGGAGGGUGAUAAAAUAAACGAGGGAGACCUGAUCGCCGAGGUGGAAACAGACAAGGCCACUGUAGGAUUCGAGAUGCUAGAGGAGUGCUAUCUCGCCAAGAUCCUGGUACCGGAGGGUACAAGAGACGUGCCCAUCGGAUCAGUCAUCUGUAUCACUGUUGACAGCCCUGACCUCAUCCCAGUGUUCAAGGAUUUCACUCUGGAAAAGCUCGCUGCCUUAAGUCCAUCGUCCUCGUCCUCAUCAUCGGCCGCAGCAUCGACUCCGCUUCCGUCAGCGGCUACCGCAGCUCCUCCUCCACAAGCCCCUGGCAGCUCAUACCCACCACACAUGAAAAUUCUACUGCCAGCUCUUUCUCCCACAAUGAUGGUGGGCACGGUGCAACGCUGGGAGAAGAAAGUGGGAGAAAAAUUGAGCGAAGGUGACUUGCUCGCUGAAAUCGAGACUGAUAAGGCUACAAUUGGUUUUGAGGUACAGGAAGAGGGCUACUUGGCUAAGAUCUUGGUGCCUGAGGGAACCAGAGAUGUCCCCCUAGGUACCCCUCUGUGCAUCAUGGUAGAAAAAGAGUCCGACAUUCCAUCAUUCGCUGACUAUGUCGAGACCGGUGUUGCCACUAGCCCACCUCCAGCUCCUGCACCUAUGGCAGCUCCCACUCCGUCUACUCCAGCAGCCCCAGCGGUGACCCCGGCUACUGCUCCUGCUCCAGCUGCUGCUGCUAGGAAGGGCAGAGUAUUUGCAAGCCCUCUGGCAAAGAAACUGGCUGCUGAGAAAGGGAUUGACCUCGCACAGGUCACUGGCUCCGGACCAGAUGGCAGGGUAACCAAGAAAGACAUCGAGAACUUUGUGCCAACCAAGGCACCUCCUCCUCCAGUUGCUCCAGCUGCCACGCCCACUCACGCACCAGCAGCUCCAGCUGUGGCACCUGUUCCCACCGGCACCUUCACUGACAUCCCCAUCAGCAACAUCCGCAGAGUGAUUGCUCAGAGGCUCUUGCAGUCGAAACAGACUAUUCCUCACUACUACUUGUCUGUGGAUAUCAACAUGGACCAAGUUCUGGACCUCAGGAAAGAGCUUAAUGCGGAGGUGAAAGCAGACAACAUUAAGCUGUCAGUGAAUGACUUCAUCAUCAAGGCUUCAGCCCUGGCAUGUUUAAAGGUUCCAGAGGCCAACUCCUCCUGGAUGGACACAGUUAUCCGACAAAAUCAUGUGGUGGAUGUUAGCGUUGCAGUCAGCACACCCAAUGGUCUGAUCACUCCUAUUGUAUUCAAUGCUCAUAUUAAAGGCUUAGCAGCUAUCAGUAAAGAUAUCACUGCACUGGCUGCUAAGGCACGUGAAGGCAAGCUGCAGCCACAUGAAUUCCAGGGUGGCACCUUCACAGUCUCCAAUCUGGGCAUGUAUGGUAUCAAGAACUUCUCUGCCAUCAUUAAUCCUCCUCAAGCCUGUAUCCUGGCAGUGGGAGGCUCAGAAAAGAGGCUGCUGCCCGCAGACAAUGAGAAAGGGUUCGAUGUGUCCAGCAUGAUGUCUGUGACUCUUAGCUGUGAUCACCGUGUGGUGGACGGUGCAGUCGGGGCACAGUGGCUGACUGAGUUCCGAAAGUUCCUGGAGAAACCCGUCACUAUGCUGCUUUAAAGGUGCUAUCAGCCUAAAACGCAGGACUCUCAGAUCAAAAGAGGUCUCUCAACUGUUACACACUCGGGAUUUCACUUUUUCUCCCCCUUUAUUUCUUCUCAAUCUCUCAUUCUACGAGUGUUUUUUUUUCAAGCUUUAACAUGUCAGGACCUGGAAUAAUCUCUCAGCCCAGAGUAGUACGUCAUUGUAAACCUGUUCAGCUUCAGGAAGCUUCAGGAAGGACUGUUGGAAAAAGUCUGUAUGUCAUAAAUUAAAGGUGUCUCUAUGAAGAUCCUGAGGCUUUUUACCCUUUAACAUGGUUAUAGAAUUUCUCUAAAAAGUGCUAUGUUGGAGGAUGAGGUGGUAAAGAAUGAAGUGCACUGUUUUCCUAAGAAUGAAAUGAAUAUUCCAUCUCUAAAUUUGUGUGCCAAAUGAUCUUAUAAGCAGGCUGUAAUGCUGUAUGAAUUAGACAUAAUGUCUCUCUAAAUAUGAACCUGAAACUUAUACACAUCUUUUUUUAAGAGAGUUAUCUUCACUUCCUGAGUUACAGAGUGGUUUCCUGUCUGGUGACCUGUGAAAGCUUUUGACACUGAAAUGCUGGUAGCCUUUAUUUAUUAUAUCAAUCUUUCACUCCAGACAAAGCACGCUGGUGCCUUUGCUCUGUUCUUAUGACCUUUUUUGUUUUGUGGCAAUAUUUUAACAUCUGUUUCUUUAAUGAUAACGCACAAACAUGCAGAAUCGGGUGAAGAAUUAAAAAAAACACGGAUCCCAAAUCUGAACUGAAACCUUGAGCUGUAAUGGUGGAUGAUGGAUGGAGGAUGGAUUCAUGAUGCUCUCAGAAAAGAGUUUUAUUAAAGCCAUGGAUACGUGGUGGAGCAGUGUGUGAAACCAAUCAGAAAACGAGUUCUUAUAUGAUGUAGUACAGGAAAACGAAAACUGUUAUGUUGCAUAUGACAAAUAAUAAAAGGAUGUAAACAUAACCAAA